UCAAUUGAUUGUGUUUCUAGUUUUCUUUGCUUCACCUUCUCGCAAUUCAAUUAAAAUUUAAUUAAAUCUAUUUUGUUUGCUAAUUUUUUCUUUGAAUUGAUUUAAUGGCUGGGAUUUGUUGUGGUGUUGUUGGAGAAGGAGAAACUCCUACUCCACCUAUUGAACCAACUUCACGAACCUCCGGUCGCCGGAGUUUAGAUUUAAUUCCUUUGAAAUACAUAGCUGACAUGGCAAUUCCGUCAGAAAAUAGCCGUAAACGUCAGAAGUUAGAUCUAUGCGUUUCUCCUCCGGCAAAACCGCCGCGGGAGUGUGAAAACGCGGUUGAUAGCUGCGAAUCAAGUACCGAUGAAGAAACAAAAGAAAACGAAGUUGUCUUAACUGCCAAUUGUUCAAAUGUUUCUGAAUCGAAAAACGAGGUUGUGGUUGAAGAGUUUCCUAAAUAUGGAAUAACUUCGAUUUGUGGAAGAAGACGAGAAAUGGAAGAUGCGGUUUCUGUUCAUCAAUCUUUUUGUCAUGAUGAUAAAAAGAUGGAUGAACAAAAUCAGAAACCGUUUCAUUUCUUCGGAGUAUACGACGGCCACGGUUGUUCACAUGUUGCGACUAUGUGUAAAGAAAGGUUGCAUGAAAUUGUUGAAGAUGAAAUAGAUAAAGAAAAAGUGAAAGAAAAUGUUGACUGGAAGUCAACGAUGGAGAAGAGUUUUACUAGAAUGGAUGAAGAGGUGUUGAGCUGGAACAAAACCAACAAAAGCUUCACUUGUAAGUGUGAGCUUCAAACUCCUCACUGUGACGCCGUUGGUUCCACCGCUGUCGUCGCCAUCGUCACGCCGGAAAAAAUAAUUGUCUCCAAUUGUGGUGAUUCCCGUGCCGUUCUUUGUCGUAACGGUGUCGCCAUUCCUCUUUCCUCCGAUCACAAGCCGGAUCGACCCGAUGAAUUGAUUCGGAUCAAUUCUGCUGGAGGACGUGUUAUCUAUUGGGAUGGUGCAAGAGUGCUUGGGGUGUUAGCCAUGUCACGAGCCAUAGGGGACAAUUAUUUGAAGCCGUACGUUAUUUCGGAACCAGAGGUAACGAUAACGGAGAGGAGUGAUGAGGAUGAGUGUUUGAUACUAGCGAGUGAUGGGCUAUGGGACGUGGUGCAAAACGACACUGCAUGUAGGGUGGUGCAGAUGUGUCUGAAGGCGGAGAAGACGUUGACGUCGCCGGGGUCUCCGGGGAGUGACGUGGCAGGAGAUGGGUCAGAUAAGGCGUGUUACGAUGCUUCAAUUUUGUUGACGAAGUUAGCUUUGGCGAGGCAUAGUUCAGACAAUGUUAGCGUGGUUGUUGUUGAUUUGAGGAGAGAUCAACGUCAACAACAAUAAUAAUAGUGAUUAAUUAAUGGAAUAAAAAGAAGAAGAAGAAAAAAUAAUUACUAAAAAUUCAACCGUCCAAAACCUAUGUGGGCAAUGUGUUUGGACACCUUCGAUUUGAUUCCUAUGAUUUUUUAUUGACAAAGGUGGUGGGAGGAAAAUGGUGGGACCAUGAGAUUUUUUGUUGAUUCCAUGUGAUUUUAGUAAUUUAUGUUUGAUUAAAGAGAGGGCUAAAAAUCGUAUCUUUUGGGAAAUAAUAGAAAAAAGAAUAGGAUAUUUUAGAUUAGUAGAAAGUAGAAACAAUUGGUAUCAAGUCAACCAAGGCAUAUCUUGGCCUUGGCCAUUUAAAGUUAACCUUUUUCUUUUGUCCAUAUUGAGAUCUAUUAAUGUUAACUAAAUAGUUGUAAUUCGAUUCAGCUUUGGUUA